AUGGGUAUUCGAAUAAUUCUGGACGACGAUAAACCGGCAGAAAACCUUGAAUGGGCGCCACCGUUACGGGUAAUUUCCAUUGUCACUUUGUUAGCAGCCACCCUCGAUUUGUUGGCAGAUUUUCUUGUAUGUAACAGAAUAGCAGAAUUCCUGCCGAAUUUCCAAUCACAAAAAGCCAUCUACGCCGCCUACGGGUACUUUUUCUUCGCCGGAGUCUCGGUGAUUGUAUAUAUUUUUGAGAUGAUUGACGUGUGCCAAUCGUUAAAAUACGAAGUAGAAAACGUGUAUACGGCCCGGCUGGCAAAAAGUCUGGUGCUAGCGCUCGAAGAGGUCCCAAUGCCCACAUUACUCAACAUCCUCUUCACAAACGAGCCCCGGCUGUCCUUGGCGAAUCCGGUAUUCUUCUCCUCGUGGAUCAAGCUGGUAGCCCUCACCUGGGGCAUAAUCAAGUUCUGCAAGCUGCGGUUUUUCUGGCCCUGUCUGCCAUGCAACCCUAAGCAUGAUCGCCGCGAAAACAUCCGUCGAAUGUUCACGUUCACCGCGUAUCGUUGCGCGAUGAUCCUGGUCAACAUUUGCCACUUCUACUGUAUCUACAUCGUCAUUAGGAACAUUAUGGCGUCAGCAAAUGGGGGAAGGCCGAUUAAGGCUAAUGAA